UGAGGAAUGGGAGGCAGGAGGAGGCGUGGCCCGGCUGGGGGCCGUCGGGAUAAAUACGGAGAACUGGGUGCCGAGUGUGGAGAGACAACUCCGGAGGAACGCCUGAGCUGAGCAGCACCAAGGACAGCGCCCAGCGGCUCUCGCGCCCAAGUCUUCCUUGGCAGCCCAGCCUCACACACACACUCAGGUUCUCGCUCACUCCACACUCGCGCGGACUCACUCGCACACGCAGACACACACCCCGCUGUACAAUGGCAGAAUCCCACCUGCAAUCACCCCUGAUCUCUGCCUCACAGUUUUUCGAGAUCUGGCUUCAUUUCGACGCUGACGGAAGUGGUUACCUGGAAGGAAAGGAACUGCAGAACUUGAUCCAGGAGCUGCAGCAGGCGCGGAAGAAGGCUGGAUUGGAGUUAUCACCUGAAAUGAAGACUUUUGUGGAUCAAUAUGGGCAAAGAGAUGACGGAAAAAUAGGAAUUGUAGAGUUGGCUCAUGUAUUACCCACUGAGGAAAACUUCCUGCUGCUCUUUCGAUGCCAGCAGCUCAAGUCCUGUGAGGAAUUCAUGAAGACAUGGAGAAAAUAUGAUACUGAUCACAGUGGCUUCAUAGAAACCGAGGAGCUUAAGAACUUUCUAAAGGACUUGCUAGAAAAAGCAAACAAGACUGUUGAUGAUACAAAAUUAGCCGAGUAUACAGACCUCAUGCUGAAAUUAUUUGAUUCAAAUAAUGAUGGGAAGCUGGAAUUAACUGAGAUGGCCAGGUUACUACCAGUGCAGGAGAAUUUUCUUCUUAAGUUUCAGGGAAUCAAAAUGUGUGGGAAAGAAUUCAAUAAGGCUUUUGAGUUAUAUGAUCAGGAUGGAAAUGGAUACAUAGAUGAAAAUGAAUUAGACGCUUUACUGAAGGAUCUGUGUGAGAAGAAUAAACAGGAACUAGAUAUUAAUAAUAUCCCAACAUACAAGAAGAGCAUAAUGGCUUUGUCGGAUGGAGGGAAGCUGUACCGAACAGACCUUGCUCUUAUCCUCUGUGCUGGUGACAACUAGUCGGGUGACCACCACCACUUACUAGCGGUACAUUGUAUCUAAAAAAUAACUGUGCAUUAUAAGGGAGUAGGCUGUAUUUUCUUUUAUAUCUGUAAAUUUAACUGCAUAUAGAUAAUUAUCCAGGAUGUGUGGCACAUUCUUUUCAGCUUGUUUCUAUACUGUUUGUAAUGUACAGUUUUUGUAACUAUACGACUGAUAAGGAGAAUGCCUGUGCUUAAGCCAGUCAAUAUACCCAAUUAAAACAUAAUUAUCUAACAUAUUCUUGCUUUC